GCGUUCCGGCAAGACACUGCUACCGUAGCGCUACAGCUUUUUCGCUACAACUGUAGCGGUGCCAUAUAUACUAGCGUGCAUAACCUCAAAAUUGAAUUUUAAUUGUAAAAGUUGUGUUUACCAAUUAAUUGAAACGAAUAGAAUGGAAAAUAUUGAAGAUUGGCUCAUGAAUGACAUAUUGUUCGAUGAUUCAUCAGAUGAAAGCAACGAUGAAGAGGAAGAAGUUCUAGGACUCAUUUUAUAUGACUUACGAGAACAAGGAAACAACGCCAAGGUUUUGAAUAUUUUGGCAGAUGGAAUACUUAAUGAAAUAUUUUAUCCUGAAAGGCAGAAUAAUGAAAUUGUAAAUUUACAUUAUUUUGAAGAAGUAAUACCACGUUAUAGCGACAACCAAUUUUAUUUGCAUUUUAGAAUGCAUCGAGGAACAUACAUGGAAUUGGAAAAUAUAGUGAGACCUCUAAUUAGACAGAGAGAAAAUGAUAUACCAUUAUCGAAGAAACUAUUUUUAACAGUUUGGAUUAUAGCCACGCCAGAAAGUUUUCGAUCAGUUGCAGAUAGAUUUGGCCUAUCCAAAGGUAUAGCUUGGAAAGCUUUUAAAGAAGUGGUUUGGACGCUAAGAAGAAUAAUGCCACGUUUUAUAAGAUGGCCAAAUAAUGAGGACUGUGAAGAAAGUGAAAAAAUUUUUCGAAUUCGAUCAAGAGGAUUUCCGGGUGUUGUAGGAGCUAUUGACGGCUGUCAUAUCGCAAUUAAACAGCCGCCUAGGAAUGCAAAUGAUUAUUAUAACCGCAAAGAAUUUCACUCUAUUAUUUUGCAAGGUGUUUGUGAUCACACAGGAAAAUUUAUCGACUGUCUUAUCGGUCGACCUGGACGUGCACAUGAUGCAGCAGUUUUUCGGAGUAGUAUUAUUUACACCAGACUGACAGACCAAGAAAGCCCACUUUUACCUGCUCAACGACAUAUUAUAGGUGAUUCUGCAUAUCCGUUACUUCAAAAUGUGAUGACACCAUUUCGAGACAAUGGAAAUUUAACUCCAGAAAAGCUUAUGUAUAAUACUAGACUUUCCUCGAUACGAUCGAUAAUAGAGCGUGCAUACGGAUUGCUGAAAGGAAAGUGGCGAAGAUUGAAGUAUCUUGAUGUGCAAAGUACUGAAAUGGCAAAUCAUAUUAUUGCAGCUGCAUGCACUCUUCACAAUUUCCUUAUAUUACGUAAUGAAAUUGAAAUAAAAGACAAUUUAAAUAUUAACGAAUAUAUUGAGCGUGAAGAUCAAGACAGCGAUGAAAGUGAUAAUAAUGAAUGUCUAGGUGACAAUGGGCGACUAAAAAGACAAGAAAUUGCGAACAGGUUUCAAAUACUGUAACGUGCAAUGUUAAGAAAUUUGAAAUCGUAUCACCAGCCCUGAAAACCAGCACAUAUUUUUUUAUGAAUCCACCAAUUUAAAAAUCAAAUAAGUUUUAUUCACGCACAUGCACACACAC